AUGCUAAAAGCAAUACAGGUUCUGAGUUCAUCUUCUUCGUCAAGGCUCUUCGGUUGUCGAUGGAAACCGCUUACCACCACUAGCGGUACUGCCAUCUCCCUCUCCGCCAAUCCAUUAUCCCACCAUUCAACUACUGCUCCUCGGUUCAAGUCUUCUUCCCUGUCAUUGCGACCCGUUUCGGAUCGUUCUUCCGAGCCCGUUCGCGUCUACUCAACUGGGUCCGACCCAAAGAUGGAGGCCGCUCCUUCUCCUUCUCCUCCUUCACCGUCGCCUACUGCUUUGUCGGCUGCAAGUAGCCGCAAGAUCAAUUUUUGCCAGUGGUGUGGCGGAGCAACGAAGCAUGAGGUACCCGAUGGAGAGGAAAAGACGAGAGCUAUCUGUACGCUCUGCGGGAAGAUCGCAUACCAAAACCCUAAAAUGGUUGUUGGAUGCCUCAUUGAGCAUGAUAACAAAAUUCUGCUUUGCAAGCGAAACAUCCAACCAUCAUUUGGUCUUUGGACACUUCCUGCCGGAUAUUUAGAAGUUGGAGAGUCAGCCAUGGAGGGAGCAAUGAGGGAAACCUGGGAGGAAGCUCAGGCAGAGGUGGAAGUGCUUUGUCCUUUCGCACAACUUGAUAUCCCCCUAAUUGGUCAAACAUACAUAAUUUUCUUAGCUAAGCUGAAGAAGCCCCACUUUUCACCAGGCCCAGAAUCAUCAGACUGCCAACUUUUUUCUCUUGAGGAUAUACCAUUUGAUUCUUUGUCCUUUUCAUCGAUGGUGGUGACUCUAAAAUUGUACUUGGAGGAUGUCAAGUCUGGCAGGCUGAAGUUUCACUAUGGCACCAUUAACAAGAGGCCUGGCACAAGCCCAUCAGAUAGUCAUGCCUAUACACUGGACAAUCAUAUGCAGUCCUGA